CAGCAGCAUCAUCCUACUCGCCCGCCUCUCGUGUGUGCAGCGGGAGGAGGAGAGAGGAGGAGACUCGCUCACGGCAGCGUUUGAGACAGACGGGACUUGCGAGACACACAGGUCGUCCCACGCCAGACACAGCAAAGGAACUUCGAUCUGAAGCCAAGUGUGGUGGGGAAAAUGACGAGACGAGCAUAUCCGUUUUUCUUAUUCCUGUAGGGCGUAGUUAUGUGGCGUGUCUAAAAUAUGAUGCCCUUGGACACUUCUCUGUGAAGAUUUACCUUUCGAACGCUCAUGUGCCGUUUCAUGUUGACUCCACUUUGGUCACCCGUUUAAACGUGAAGGAGGUGUGAGUUGCAUUGUUGCCUCUUCAGCUCGGUUGCAUGGGAUUUCCAGUCGUGUCGGCUGCCGUGAUGUCUGCAAUAUCCCCUUCUUUGUUUCUGGUGUUGCUAGGCGUGCUGUCGGCGGGGGCCCUGACAGAGAUGAAGAGGGUGGUGGGCGAUAACGCCACCCUGCCGUGCUACCACAAGUUCUGGCAGUCCAACGGCCUGUCCCUGGACAUCGAGUGGCUGUUGCAGAAGCCCAAGUCCAAGCAGAACGUGAUCAUCACAUUCUUUGCGGGCCACGUGUACACAGACGAAGAGACGAAGAGCGAACCGGGCCGCCUGUUCUUAUCUGGAGACUACCUGGGCGGAGACGCCUCCCUGCUCAUCAGUGACCUGCAGCUGACCGACUCUGGGGAGUACACCUGUAAAGUCAAGACCGGAGGGAAGUACCACUGGGACCAGGUCAACCUCAUUGUGCUGGUCAAGCCGUCGAAGCCCAGAUGCUGGACUGACGGGAAACUCCUGGAGGGCAGCGACGUAAAGAUGAGCUGCAAGUCAAGCGACGGCUCGGACCCCAUCAGCUACAAGUGGGAGCGCGUGCUGGACAAGGGCAAGAGUCUGGGCAAGCUGCCCAACCUGGCACUAAUAGACCUGAAGAACCCUGAGCUCCUGACCCUGAGGAACCUGACCAAGGACAGCGCUGGCGUCUACAAAUGCACGGCCAGCAACGACGUCGGGGAGGAGAACUGCGUCAUCGAGGUCACCAUUAAACCCGAAAGUGACUUGGGCAAGGUAGUCGUUACGGUGGCGGGCAGUUCCCUCGGUGUCCUCGUCGUCAUACUUAUCAUCUGGCUCACGUUCCGGAAGAAGGAGAAGAAGAAAUAUGAGGAGGAGGAAGCUCCCAACGAGAUCAGGGAGGACGCAGAGGCCCCAAAGGCCAAGCUGGUGAAGCCCAACUCCCUGUCCUCCUCCCGCUCCGGCAGCUCCCGCUCGGGGGACUCCUCCACCCAGUCCAUGGUGCACAACAGCCUGCAGCGCGGGCACCGCCCCCGCACGCCCGGCGUGGCCGCCCUCAAGGAGAACGGCCAGCCCCCGCCAGGCUUCCCCCAGCCGCCCCCGGCCUACGACUCCGUGAUGCCGCCCAAGGGCCACGCCGAGGCCGGGGGGCCCGGCACCCCCAAGUUCAACUCCAGGAACUUAUCCGCGCCGACACCCCCCACCCUCAUGGUGCCCGCCCCCCAGACCAAGGCUUUUCAAACUGUGUAG